UGCAUUAACAAACGGUUUUAUUCGAAAGACAAAAAAUGUAACAAGUACUCAUGGGCGGACACUACUCAGGUUGGCCUACAGAACUUGUAAGCUACACUAAGGUUAUGUAUGUUCUGGAAAAAAUGUGUUUUGCUCGAUAAAAAUUCUCUGGAAAUGUCCCGUUUACCGGAAAAAUCUCGAAUAGAAAUAUUAUCAUUACUUCAACAACCUAGUAUGAGUGUUAGGAAAGUGGCGAAAAAAAUUGGUUGUAGUCCUACUACUGUUCAAAGUAUUAAAAGAAAAUUUGCUGAACAUAAACUGAUAAAAGAUUUACCAAGGUCGGGUAGAAGAUGUAAAGUGAGCGAAGAGACAAGAACUAGAUUAAUAUCAACCUGUCAGAAACACCCAAAAUGGACGGCGAGGGAAGUUCUAUUAAAUUCUACAAUAGAUCAAACGCUAUCUGUCUCAACAGUGAAGAGGAUCUUGGCGAGACACAGACUUAAUUUGCUCGUUGCCCAAAAGAAAUCGGAAUUAAUAAAAGCUCUAGUAGGAAAACACGAAGACGGAGAAGAGGAGAAGGAGGGUAACUGUACCACAUAAUUGUUUCUUGUUUAUAUUAAAUAUAAUUGUUCACCUUGGAGAAAUAAAGCUCACG